AUGCACACGCAUACGCGUUCUAUCGCACUUCAAGACCAUAGGAGAAGCUACGAUUAUCCGACCGAUAGAACACGAGAGGUGUACGGCGUACCUGGGCGCAUCCGAUUAUCGCGCAACAUCUCUGGCCCGCUUGUACCUGGGUCUCCAGUCCGUGCAGAAACAGUAACCCAACCCAGCACUCCGAAUUCUCAAGAUAAUACAGGGACGCCGCGGAAGAAGAUAUCCAAAUUCGCACUCUGGGCCGACAGGAAACGAGAGGAUAUCCAGGCGUACGAGUACCUCUGCCGCGUGGGCGAAGCCAAAGCAUGGAUCGAGUCUGUUAUGGGAGUGGAGGAUGGUAUGGAAAUUACCGAAUGGGAGGAGAAGAUGAGGGACGGAGUCGCCCUAGCAAAACUCGUCAAACAGUGGGGUGCUCCGGGCAAGGUGUUCGAGCACCCGAGGUUGCAAUGGAGACAUUCAGAUAACGUCAACAUGUUUCUGAACUAUGUCAGGGGUGUAGGACUCCCCGAGAACUUUGUAUUCGAGUUCACCGACCUAUACGAGAAGAAGAAUAUGCCUAAAGUGAUCUACUGCAUCCACGCCCUCUCUUACCUCCUUGCCCGAUGGGGAAUAGCCCACCACAUCGGCUCCCUGCUUGGCACUCUCGAGUUCUCCGACGACCAGCUCGCCGCUACUCAGAAAGGGCUGAAAGCUGCGGGUGUCGCCAUGCCCAACUUUGGGGAUGUAGGGAAAGAACUGUGGAAAGAGAUGAAGGAGGAACCGAUGGAGACUGAGGAAGAUCGGAUCGAACGUGAGCUCUUGGAACAAGAACCGAAAAUUGUGCUGUUCCAAACCAUCGCACGUGGGUUCAUGGCACGUCAACGCUGCGCCGAGAUCCUCUCGCGUCUCGACAGGCUUGAACCAAGCACCAUUGCUAUCCAAGCCUUAUGCCACGGCUGGCUCACGCGCUGUAGGAUCACGAAACAUCGUCGAAAUGUCAAAGCUGCCGAGGGCAAGUUUGUAAUCGCACUACAAUCCCAAGCAAGAGGUGUGCUAGCAAGAGCAAGAAGAAAGCAGUACAAGCGUGAUUUGGCACGACCAUCCACUCUCAAGGUCAUCACUGGUCUUCAAUCGCGCGUGCGGGGUGCUAUUGCUCGAAAUCGGGUGCUUGAGCUGUCUAAGAAAAUGGACCAUGUUGAGCCAGCUGUUGUCUGGGCUCAGACUGUCCUGCGGGGUGUCAUCGUCAGGCGGAAGAUCCGGGAACAGCUAGGAAAGCUCGAUGCCAUCGAGCCAUCCAUCAUCCGCCUGCAGGCCGUUGCCCGCGGAGCCUUGGUUCGCCGACGUCGCCGAAUGCAAGAAGAGCAGCAAGCCAAGCCCCAGGUUGUCCGCUCCAUCGUCAGUCUGCAAGCCUGUGCUCGUGGUCUGCUCAAGAGACGCAAAGCCGCGGAAAUGUCAAAAGAGAUUGGCGCUGUCAUCCCGUCCAUGGUCGGCUUACAGAGUCAGAUACGUGGCGGUAUGGUUAGACAGCGACUGCGAGCACAAUUAGCGCGGCUCGACUCUCACGAACUCGCCGUCGUACGAUUCCAGGCCGUUGCGCGUGGAUACUUAGCCCGGAAAGAAUAUCGGUCCAUGGCAACAAGCUUGAGAAAAGCGAUGCCGCUGUUUGUUGGCUUGCAGGCCCGAACCCGAGCGAUGCUUGCUAAGAAACGGGCGCAAGACGUGGAGAAAGCACUAGCCAACGUCCAAGUCGUCCAGGCUGUGUCCUCUCUCCAAGCUUUCGCUCGCGCUGCCUUAACAAGAAAGCGGCAUCAAGAGCAGGCAAAGCAGCUGGAAUUUGUAGCACCGGAUGUAUUGGGGCUACAGGCCCAGUGUCGUGGUGUACUUGCGCGCCGGGCGUUCGGCUGGUGGUGGCAUUACGUGCAUGAACAUCAGGCAGAAGCGACCAAUCUUCAAGCCCUGUGUCGUGGCAUUAUUGUCCGGCGUCGGUUUAUGGAGAAGAUAAACUAUUAUCGUGCAAAUCUAUCAAAGGUCGUCAAGAUCCAAUCCCUUUUCCGUGCGAAGGAACAACGCGAACAAUAUCGACAAUUGACAAUGGGCCAGAAUGUCACUGUCAGCACUAUCAAGAACUUUGUCCACCUACUAAACGAUUCCGAAUUCGACUUUGAAGAUGAAAUCGAGGUUGAGCGGUUGAGGAAGAAGGUCAUUGAGGCGAUCCGCGAGAAUCAACAUCUCGAGACCUAUGUCACGGAGCUGGAUGUCAAGAUUGCCCUGGUCGUCCAGACCGUCAAGUCUGUUGAGGAGCUCGUCAAAGCUCGCCGGUGGGGAAGUAUCGAUAGCUCUGGUGCUCACACUUCCCGUGCCGCCGUCUUGGCCGCUCACGGCGAUCCCUUCGCGGGCCCAAGCACACUCGACAUUGCCACGAAACGUAAGUUGGAGUUAUACCAACAACUGUUCUACCUUCUCCAAACUAAGGGCGAAUACCUUGCACGGCUAUUCUUCCGCAUGUCAAGGGUGGAAAUGCCGGAGAAGACGAAACGCACCGUGGAACGUGUCACGUUGAUUUUGUUCGGUUACGGGCAACGACGAGAGGAAUACCUUAUGCUCAAACUCUUCCAGCAUGCGAUCUCAGAGGAGGUUCGCUCAGCUCCGACCAUCUCCGACAUUGUGGACUCGCAUCCCAUGUUUCUCUCCAUCGCCCUGCAAUAUGUCAGGCCUAAGCAAGUCACCUGGCUGCGCGAAACACUACGGACCCUCGUAGAAGAGGUUGUUGGACAACCUGCGUUUAACCUUGAAACAGAUCCGAUCGUAAUCUAUCGAGCAGUAAUCAAUGCUGAAGAAAUGCGGUCCGGUGUUUCGAGUGGCAAACCUGUUGAUGCGACCUUCGAAGAAGCUGCCUUUGAUCCCCACACUCGUGGCGAGUGGAUAAGACAUCUCCAAAUGCUGCGUCAUUAUACCGAGCAAUUCUUGAAUGCCAUCACUAACUCAACCCGGAAGAUGCCAUACAACAUUCGGAGCAUUGCUCGGGAUUUGCUUGCUUCCCUGAAGACCAAGUUCCCAGGUCAAUCAGAUCGCGUUUAUGCUACCGCAGUGGGUAAAUUUGUGUACUAUCGAUUUAUUCACCCUGCGAUGGUAGCGCCGGAUGCCUUCGAUAUUGUACCAAACACCAUCGGUGCCGCAGCUCGACGUAACUUGGGCGAAGUGGCCAGGAUGCUCACCCAGAUUUCGUCCGGCUCGGCGUUUCUUGAAAACGUACCCUCACUCAUUCCCCUCAAUGCUUUCGUCAACACAGCCAUCACGCAGACACAAAAAUGGGUCAUUGAUGUCGCCGAGCUGCAAAAUCCUGAAGAACAUUUCAAAGCGCACGAAUUGCUCGAUGCCACUGAACAGCCAAGUUCUAUAGUUAUCUCGCCCAACGAAGUUUACGCAAUACAUUCCUUGUUAGCACAGAACCUUGAUCAUUUGACCACUGGAUAUGAUGAUACAAUGCGAGUUAUCAUUACUGAGCUUGAUGGUGUACCACACCUGGGUUCUGAUGAACUUAGAGACGCUCGUGAUCGCCCUGUCACGCUGGAGCUGACCAACCGAUUCGCUGACGUGAAGGAUCCCAAUGCUGGAGAGAAGGCACUGUGGGUGCACGCCAAGCGUGGCGUACUUGCUGUCCUCCGUGUUCAGCCGGCAAAGGAUCUCAUGACAUCACUCAUGGCGCCCGUAACCGACGAGCAGGAUGCAAUCUGGGAGGAGAUAAUUGCUCAGGAGCUCCCAAGUGAGGAAGAGCGAAGCAAGAAGUCCCGGCUGCCCGCAACAACCACCACCGACCCUGCAUACCGCCUCGAAGACAUCCGAACUCAGUCGUACCGGGACAUCAAGGCUCAGGCAAUGUUCUACCUGCUCGAGCUGGAGAAGCUCGGCAAGCUCACCCGAACCAAUGGCUUCCAGGGAGUCCUGAAUGCCAUCGCCGGAGACGUCCGCAGCAAGCACAUGAAGCGUAUGCAACGGAAGAAUGAGCUUGAGAGCAUGGAGGAGGCCCUUCGACACCUUGUCGAACGCAAGAAGGCGUUCGAAGAUCAGAUCAAUAGUUAUCACAGCUACAUUGAUUCCGCCAUGAACACAAUGCAGCGUGGAAAGGGAAAGAAGAGAUUCGUCAUGCCGUUCACGAAACAAUACUUCCAUCUGCGUGACCUGCACAAAGCUGGCAAAAAUCCUCAAUUCGGCUCAUAUAAGUAUAGUGCCCAAGAACUUUACGAUAAAGGCAUUUUGCUUUCCAUUGACAAGUUCUCGCCCAGGCAAUUCGAUAGGAUCGAUUUGGUAAUUUCAUCAGACCAAGUUGGAGACUUCACAGUGGAAAUGUUCAACAACACCUAUGGCACUUCAGCGAUGAGUUCAACUACUCUGCGAAUGGAAGAUCUUCUUCAGUCACAGUUUGAAAAUCGCGUUUCUCUGUCGCUCUUUGAUGGCCUCGCGAAGGUCAACCUCAACCUCCUGUUGUAUCAAAUCAACAAAAAAUUCUAUGUAUAA